GUCUAAAUACAUACACCCACAUAUAAAUAUCUGUUCAAGACAUUUAACAUUAUGUUUUACAACUUUGUGACUAGAUUCACUUUAAUAACAUUUAUUAUUUUCUCUUGUGUAUAGAAUUAAGUGGUUGAUUUGCUACAAAUGGAUAUAAUAAAUAAUUUAUCUGGAUGGAUCUUUUUCAAUUGGUGGAAAAAGUCUGUGGAUACACAAGAAGGCAUCCAACAGUCCGUUCCUCAACUCGAAGGCGCCCCCCAAUACGAAAGCGCCCAACAGUCCGUUCUUCUACUCGAAGGCGCCCCCCAAUACGAAAGCGCCCAACAGUCCGUUCUUCUACUCGAAGGCGCCCCCCAAUACGAAAGCGCCCAACAGUCCGUUCUUCUACUCGAAGGCGCUUCAGAAAGCUCCAAUCAGUAUUCCGACGUGACACUGGCAGAGCCGGGCGCUGAUUAUGUAAACCCAUUUUCAGAAAGAACCCUCUCAGCUAGUGGACUCCAAUCACUGGAAACCCCAGCUGAACCAGACUCGGUGUCACGCUCGGACAUCGACCAGAGUGACCCCGCUGAGGACGUUCGUACUGUUGAGUCUGUUCUACUUAACUCUACCCGAACAGUACCGGACGCUACUGAAGGUUCGGGACUGAUUAGUGAAAAGCCUGUUAGUGAGAAAUUACUGGAGAGUCGAACUGAACCAGAAGAUCUAAAGACUCUAACUCCAAUGGAUUCAAGAGACUGCAUACAGGUGGCACAGCAUCAGACUCCCAAUUAUAGUGCUAAGGGGCCUAAGAUUCCCAUGCUGCCUGGUGAACGUCCACUGACAUCCUCCAAAACUGUGGACGGAUAUGCCAUUGUGACUAACUUCAGAUUCUGUGUGUGUGAGCGGAGGUCAUUGAUAAACGUGCCCCUGAUGAUGGUGACUGAGUUGUUUGUCAUUGAAGCAACUAGGAGACUGAGGAUAGGGUGUAAAGAUGCCUCCACAUAUAGCUGUACUUUUGCAACUGCCGAGGACUGCUCCCAGUGUUUGUCUGUGCUCAGGGACUGGACAGGUCUGCCCAGCAGCAGUGAAGUUUUGUUUGCCUACAAGUUCUACCAGGCAGCACUUCAGAAAGAGAGGCCUGCCAUUAGUUUGAUGCCAGAAGAUGUCCACCUUAGACUCUGCAAGCCAGGUGAUGAUGUCUAUAAGUACUCAUUUGAUGCUGAAAUCAAGCGUCUUGGUUUUGAUACCAGCCAAAAGAAGAUUUGGAGAAUUAGUCAGGCCAAUCAGAAAUAUGAGUACUGUCCAACAUACCCAAGGGAGCAUAUCUUACCUGCUACAUUUGAUGAUGAUAAACUGAAAGGCAGUCUGGAGUUUAGAGCUAUGAAAAGGUUUCCUUCUGUUGUCUGGAGGGACAGAACAUCUGGUGUGGUCAUCAUUCGAAGUAGCCAGCCACUGUCCAGUUUUCUUGGUUUCAGUUUGGGUUACUUUCAAAAUCAGAUGGACAUUUGUCUUCUCGAGGAAAUAGUCAAUACCUGCAACAGGGAAAGAGAUAUAUUGGCCCAGGAGGAGCUGUGCCGCACAGGUAUGCCAAUGUUGGAGCAGGACGGGGGCAGCCACAGCCGUGGAGGUAACUCUAACAGGGAUGAUGAGCUAUUCAGCUACUUAUCUGACCCAACAGACUUAAGUUCCCUGAUUGCAGAUGACUAUGAUGAUCUUCGCACCAAUAGGAAGCUGGCUAUUGUUGACUGCCGCAGUUUGGCCGGUGUGUGGGGAAAUAGUUUUAAAGGUGGAGGUACUGAAGACGAAGUAAUCUACAAGUGUAACAUCAUCCACCUGGACCUGGCCAACAUACACAAUGUUAGAGACAGUUUCAACAAGCUUAGGGCACUGUGUCAUACUUAUGUGGAGGGGACGUUCUAUAAAGCUUUGUCUGGCUGUAUGUGGCUGUCCUACGUAUCUGCCUUGCUUCGUGGGGCCAACAUAGUUGUAGAGUUAAUACACAACAAGAAGAGACCAGUGUUGGUUCACUGCUCUGAUGGCUGGGAUAGGACAUCCCAAAUUGUCUCCUUGUCUGAGAUUAUGUUGGACCCUUACUACAGAACCUUUGAUGGUUUUCAAGUGGUAGUGGAAAGAGAGUGGCUUCAUUUUGGCCACAAGUUUGGUGAGAGGGGCGGCCACGACCCAAACUGUACAGAUACCAACCAGGUCAGCCCCAUCUUUCUUCAGUUCUUGGACUGUGUCUACCAGCUAACCCUACAGAAUCCUGCUGAGUUUCAGUUUAGUGAAGCCUAUCUGAUCAAACUUCUUCAACACUCUCAAGCAUGCUUAUUUGGCAACUUCUUACACAACUGCCAGAAAGAAAGGGAAGCUUCUGGCCAACAGACUGCUUCUGUUUGGUCUUUGUUAAGACCAGAUAAUAUUAAUUUGGUUAAUUUGUUGUAUAAACCAACUUCUAAGGUUUUGACAGCCAGGUUUAGUGAACACGAGGUUGUAUUGUGGAAGACAGUCUACAUGGCAGGCCUUUCUCCACUUCCACACACAGACUUUUACCUGGACUCUGCCUCUGGUGGAGGUGGAGGUGAAGAUGGUGUGCCAGUGGAAGGCUUACCCAGGUCCAAAUCAAUGGAUGACUUGUCAAAGGCUACAUUGGACAGUGGGCGGCGUAACAGUGUUCCCAGCAUAGGUCAGUGUCCAGAAUUAGCCGCAGCCACAUCUGUUUCCUCUGAAUCCCAGUCCUCCCAGCAGGAAGAGGUAGUGAACACAUCAGAAGAGAAUGGCAGAGAAGUGAGUGUUGAGGCAACACAUUGGGAGCUCAACAACUCAGACUUGUUAAAGACAUCUAAUGCAAACCAUUGUCACAAACCUCCACCUUUAUAUGAAGAUACCUACUCCUCUCCAGAACAUCAGACAACCUCGGUGAAACAUUCAGAUAUAACUUUAACAGCUCUGACUAAUGGGGAUGGGAUAAAAGAAGAAAUAGAUUCCAACGUUGAAGACGUGCUAUCAGAUGUCAGUAUUAAAAAUGGCCCCUUGAAAUUUAGCGAAAUCACUCCUCUAGAGACUUCACCUGGACAGCCUCUAGACAGUUCCAGAAAUGUAGUGCAGCCUGUGUGUUGUAGAUACCAGACUUGUGUGCUUUCAUCUCAGAGUUUACCCAACGGACUCUUCCAUGAACCAGUAGUUAAUGGCCACAAGAGCGUGCUCAGUAGUAGCAUGAGCAAGAUAGUCCACCCUUGUAAUCACUCACCUUGUCGAGACUGUGUGCAUGUCUGUAACCUCAGGCAUGUCUCCUCACUACCAGAGCACUUAGCUUGUCAUUAUCAGAAUGAGGCAGCUGGAAAUGGACAAUGCAUGGAGCACCUCAAUAAUCAGUUGAACCUAAGCCAGCAUAUCAUCUACGAUGGCCAUCAGCAUUCCUCUGCAGAAGAAAUUCACUUUAGAAAUGGUCUUAAUGGACAGUUUAUACCAGGUUUCAAUGGUGAGUGUUUAUCAAGCCUGAAUGGACAGUGUGUUUCAGGCCUCAAUGGGGAGUGUUUGACAGAAGUGAUAAAUGGCAAAUUACUGAAAGAUUCCUCAAACUUAAUUUACUGCAAUGGGAAAUCUGGCAAGCCUGAAUCUGGAGCUGCCAGGUGUCAACUAGCUGCUGACGACCUUAGGUCAAACAUUAAUUCUGAAUCAACCGACACUUUGAUUGAUGAGCUUGAGCUCGAUGGAGGUAACCUUCAUUCGCCAACGCUGUUGCGUCAGACCAAAAUAAUGGAAAUGAGCUUGAAGCAGACAGCAGCUAUUGUGCCAAUGAAUAAGGAAAACUGCACAGAUAUAGCUGAGAUAAAUGGUAGGACAAACAUGUUCUCUAGGAAAGCCAAGGCGGCUUCAGGGGCCAGCCGAGACCUGAGUGUCUCACCUCGGGACAGGCAUGGUCAUUGGUCUGAUGCUGGUAGACUUCGUCAUUCAAGUGGGAAUGAUUUGGUGAGCAGACGUUGGCCAAGUUCUACAGUAUCUACUAGUACAUCAGACCUGAGUGACUCUUUUGUCAAAAAGUGUAAAUUGGUGAAUGCCCCACCAUUUGAGCGUCUAGCCAGUGUGAAGUAUCAUCACAUAGAUAUAGAUGGCCUGACCAAGAUCUGUGACGAGAAGCAGGAGCUGCUGGUGGACAUGACACUAGACAAAGAAAGGAGGAUCAAUGAGUUGACCAUGUACUUGAAGCAGGCCCAAAAUCAGAUCAAGAAACUACAGCAGCUUCACCCACAGAACUUGGCUCUGUUAGAGGAUUACAAUAUUGUGAGUGAUUCAGAUGGUGGGGAGUUAUGUUCACUUGGCUCCUGCGGCAACCCAGCAUCAGAUGCUAGUUGGGAAAAUAUAGAGGAAUCAGAGUCUAAGAUGGUCUUGUGGGUUCCAGAUGAUGCUGUGACCCACUGUGCUGACUGCAGUUGCCUGUUCACAAUUAGCAAUCGCAAGCAUCAUUGCAGAAACUGUGGUAAAAUAUUUUGUGACCCCUGUUCCAGAAAUAAAGCUCCAGUUCCUGACCAGCACCUAAAUAAUCCUCAGCGGGUGUGUCGGAGAUGCUACUUCCGAUUAUCACAGCUUAGCCCUGGGGCUUCGUCUGAUGGCCGCAUCCCAGCGAUGGUAGCUGAUGGCUGAGCUUCCCACCAUAAAAAAAACAACAGAUUUUGUUUGUCUGCUAGCAUGUGAUGAUGUUUAUAAUUAGUUUCCUUCAUGGUGACAGCAAGGUGCCAAUGUCAGUUAAUAAUGAAAAUGUGUCAUAGAUUACGCUGUGAUAGUAUGUGGACGACCUUGAGGCGCUGCUUCUCUCCUGUAAUGCUACUGUGGACAAGUCAUGGACUGAAUUUCAAAGUCAUCAACUUAAACUGGGUGGUCAUGUCUUUACUUGGUCAAAGUGAUCUGCAAGAGUCAGUUCCAGGUGCUGGGAAAGAAACCAUUUUGUCUUAAGAUCUUUGUGUUGGAUUUUGUAGCAGUUUGUUUGUUCACUGGACAUUAAUAUUGACUUAAAACUGUGGACCUUAGAACAUUAUGUAUACAAGCAGAGUCAUGAGAAUGGCAUAAAGCUGUUGAUUAGAUUGAGCUGCAAUGUGUUGUAUCUUUAUUUUGAAACUUUGGAAAUAUUUAUUUGCGCUGUUUCUUUGUGUGUUUGCUGAGCAUCGUAGAUUUUUGUCCUUCUUAGUAUUUGUAAUAACCACAGUUUUCUGAGGUGGCCAGAUUCAGAGUAUUUUACAAACAAAUGGUUAGACUUGAUAAGCACAAAUAGUAUUUCACUGUGCAAUAAUUGUUGCACCAUGAAAUUUUAAAAUUUUGCAGCUUAAAACUGUGGUUACUUGAGUAGCUCAUUGUGAGAAUGAUUUUGUUAAUUACAUUGACACCAGUAGGUCCAACAACAUGGAAUCUUAACUUUAACUUAACCAUGAAUUGAGUGAAGGCUAUUUACUGAAUGUUCUUGAAACUUAGCUUGCUAACGUAGUAUUGCCCCUGCUUGUAAGAAUUAGAUGAUGUCCCUUAUAUUAAUGCUGUGUUGAAGCCUUUUAGUGAACUUGUUUCUAUUGAACUGACUCAGGCCUAAACUGUAACUUAUUGAUUGUUGAAAGCCUGGAAGGCUGUGUCUGAAAGUGAUUCCACCUUUCACAAAGACACUGGAUGUUGAUACAGAAGAAACAAUAACUGGUCUUUCAUCUUUUUUUUUUUCCCCAACUAAGGAGUCCACUAUUAUAAUGCUAUUUAUUUAGAUGUCAGCUCUCUAGCUGACACUCAACUUUGUUUGUUGUAGAAUCCUGCUGCUCCAUUACUUUGUACUGGCAUGGUGAUCUCAUUCAACAAUACUAUUGCUUAUUGUUCGAGGCUGAUGGUCUCUAAGCAUGAAAUUUUGUUACUAUGAGCUGGGUACUGUAUUUAGCUUCAGUCUAACCUCAGGGCCAUUGUAUCAAAGGUCAUAAACUAAUUUUUCAAGGAUUUCAGAAAUGCUCAUUUGCUUAGUAGUCAAUUUGACUGUAGUUUAUACAACUUUCUACACCAAGCUGGGACUGUCAUGCACUUUAUAGUAGACAAUUAUCAACACAUUAUUACAAAUAAUAAAAAAGUCAUACAAAAUAAAUUAUAUUUAGUAAUAUUAACAACACACACGUACACAGUUUGUUUUGUGACCAUGCUUGAGUGCCCUAUUGAUGUCCACCCUACAGUAGUCUGAUAACACCAUUGAAACUCAGCAUUAUCAGAUCAGAUUAUCAAUGAAUAUUUUUAUUAUGGCAUAGAGUAGAUUUUGAAACACAAUAUUAUGAAAUAUAACUUUGGUGGCUGUGAUAGAAAACAUGUGUUAAACUAUUUAUUGCAUUCAUACAGUUUCUAUGAGUUAAUCAUCAUUUAUACACACAUCAGUUCUCACCUGUAUGUAUCAUCAUUCAUACACACAUCAGUUCUCACCUGUAUCAUUCAUGCACACCAUUCUCACCUGUAUAUCACCAUUCAUACAUUAUCCUAAGCGUAUUUCCAUUGUAUGCCUAAUAUUGGAUUAGCUGGAUACCUUUGAGGAUAAAGCAGAUCUUUGUUGAAUGCACUUCUUGUUUGGCCAGAAAUGUGUAGUUCUUAAGAAGCCAAAAGAAACAUGUUGACUGUUGGAUGAAACCAGGUAUUAGGAAUGUGUGUGGGUGUAGUGAGGCUAGGAGUAGUUCUUGGUCUGGGAUUGCUUUUUGAGAAGUAUUAAGAUGUGUGUGAUUGGUUGGAUCUUUCUCUAAAAUGAAAUUUCUUUUAGUUUGAUUUAAUUACAUAAUGACUUGAGACAUUUCUUUAGUUUUUGAGUUAAUUGAAUAAGUUAAUUCUUUAAGUUUAUUAAAUAAUGACAUUUUUGUUUUUCAUCACCUUAACUUCAAUGUUUAGUUUUGGUUAUAUUUAACUUGUACGUAGGAAGUCACUUCCAUCAGUGAACUACCAAAGAGAUUGAUGUCAGGGAUUCAUUUGUAAUACAUUGGGAGCAUGGUGACAUGUAGGUUUAGUCACUAUUUAGACCUUGUGUCAAUAUAUACAGGGCUGGAUGAGAAUGAAGUCCCAGGCUUUAUUUGAUGGUCUGUGUACUGCUGGAUGUAAGGUAGCUUGCAUAAAUUACAGUUGAUCUUGGGGAGAUAGUGGAGUGAAAACUACUGGACACUAUGGUGCCGGCUGCUUUUUUGAUUCUGUGGGUGUGUAAACUAAUAAAUACCAUUCUUGACUAUCAUGAUUGUUUGCUUCUAAUGAAAGACCUUUUUGCACACAUCAACAAGUGAACAACAUUGUUGACACACAGGUCACCUUCGUUGUACUCCAAACUUGGUGCAGUAUUUCCACUUGAACAAAACCCUUUGGGCUAUUUGAGACAUGGGUCCUCUUUGUAAAUCCAGAUAUGUCAGUGCUAGAUAUUCCUUGGGGGCUCUAAGCUAGAGCUUGUGUUGCCUAUAGGUAAAUCUGGCCCCGUCCAGACUUGACUUAGAAUUCACAGAAGACGUCAUUUAAAUGAUAGAAAGAUGAGUUAACAUUGUAUUUGAAACCAAAAGUUGAGUUUUCCUCAUUUUUGUUCAGUAUUUCUAACAAAAAAACUUUCUUUAUAAAAAUUAUCAAAAAUCUACUUCCAUUUAUUUUAGAUUUUAAAUAAAUUAAUUUUUUUUCUCACUGUAUCUGUCUGACUCAGUAUCUGACAAUCUUUGACUUGCUGUUUUGGUUGGUUGUUGAGUUUCUGACAAUCUUUGACUUGCUGCUUUGGUUGGUUGUGGAUAUGCAGACUUGUUGAUUGGGUUUUUGUUAGAUUUAUAACUGCAUUUAGAAUGGGAUUCUUUGGUCUCCAUUGACAUAGUUAUCAGGUGUCUCAAGCUCCUAUCUUUGUUGUUUUUUUUAUUGCUGAGACAGAAUGCAAAGAGAAAGUCAUAUUUCUUUAUUGCAUAAGAGUUGAUAGUACCAGUAGAUAGGACACAAACUUUGAGGAGACAAACGAGACUCCACAGCCAUUUUCAUUCGUAGGGGGAUUCUGUUAUUAAAUUAGUCUCGGCAGUAAAGCAGAAAGAAGAUAGUCAUUGAGCCUCAAGUCCUGGGGUGAAAAGAAAACUAUUAGGGAUGUGGAUAUCUGAGUGAAGGUUAAGAUCAGAGUUUUGAGAGUUAGAAAUAUUGAAAUACAGUUCAGACCUGGGUUGAAACCAAUGUAGUCAAACCCCACACCUAGUAGCUGGCAUCUUUGUUGGUCAGUAUUGUAAGUUAGGCUAACAGAACUAAAUGUUUAGUCAAUGAAAUGAUUUGCUCAACAAUUAUGAACGAGUUCACAAAAUAUGUUCCAUCUUUUUCUAUCAUCCAUCCCCACCCCUUUUAUUCCCAUUGUUCUGCGUUGCAUUGAUUGUUGUUACUUUGUUACAUGCUUGUUUGAUAAUUCAAUACAUAUUUUAAAAAAUACAAUUAGUCAUUAUAGUUUUAUUUGUCCAGUUAAUUAGUAAAUUUAAUGUUCUAAUUUUUUUUUAAUACUUUUUUUUUGUUCUCUUGUGUAAUGAUAUUGCAUUAUUUAUGCAAAUAUUUAAACAUAUUGUAGGUUAAAUAAAUUGUGUUAAAAUGCAGGUCAGUGCUAAAGCUGAUUUAUUUUUGUCUAGACCAUGCUAUGAUUUAAAUAUGUACAUUUGAUAACUCAUUUGCUUGUGCUUUGUUUGGAGUUGGUUGACCUUUGAACUUUCUCUUCAGUCUAGAUUUAUAAUUAAUAGAAACAAUGUUUUAAGUUUUUUUCAAGUUUAUUUAUGACUGAGAAAUAAUUAAAUUCCAUUUGAAAUUACAAUUAAAUUUGAAUUGAAUCA